CUGGCCCCGCCCGGCGCUGCCGCUCUAUAAAAAGAGGGAACGUCGGGACGCCCUCUGACUGCGCGGCGGCGCUGCGGCACGAGGAGGGAAGAUGGCGUCCACCAGCCGUUUGGAUGUACUUCCGAGAGUGACUUGCCCAAAUCAUCCAGAUUCCAUUUUAGUAGAGGAUUAUAGAGCUGGUGAUAUGAUUUGUUCUGAGUGUGGGCUAGUAGUUGGUGACCGGGUCAUAGACGUAGGGUCAGAGUGGAGAACUUUCAGCAAUGACAAAGCAACAAAAGAUCCAUCUCGAGUCGGGGAUACCCAGAAUCCUUUGUUGAGUGAUGGCGACUUGAGUACAAUGAUUGGCAAGGGCACAGGUGCAGCAAGUUUUGAUGAAUUUGGGAAUUCAAAGUACCAAAAUCGCAGAACUAUGAGCAGCUCUGAUCGUGCAAUGAUGAAUGCUUUUAAAGAAAUUACGAACAUGGCAGACAGAAUCAACCUCCCUAGAAAUAUAGUUGAUCGAACAAAUAAUUUAUUCAAGCAAGUGUAUGAGCAAAAGAGCCUGAAGGGAAGGAGUAAUGAUGCUAUUGCUUCUGCUUGUCUCUACAUAGCCUGUAGGCAAGAGGGUGUUCCAAGAACAUUUAAAGAAAUAUGUGCAGUGUCCAGGAUUUCAAAGAAGGAAAUAGGCCGGUGUUUUAAGCUUAUUUUGAAAGCUCUUGAAACCAGUGUUGAUCUGAUUACAACUGGAGACUUCAUGUCAAGAUUCUGUUCCAAUCUGGGUCUUCCCAAACAAGUGCAAAUGGCAGCAACACAUAUUGCCCGUAAAGCUGUGGAAUUAGAUUUGGUUCCUGGGAGAAGCCCUAUCUCUGUCGCAGCUGCAGCUAUUUAUAUGGCAUCACAAGCUUCUGCAGAGAAAAGGACACAAAAAGAAAUUGGUGAUAUUGCUGGUGUGGCUGAUGUUACGAUUAGACAAUCGUACAGGCUGAUCUAUCCUCGAGCUCCAGAUCUCUUCCCAGCAGACUUCAAGUUUGAUACCCCAGUAGACAAACUACCACAGCUGUGAAAUUGCAGAGGGUUACUUUUAAUUUCUAUUAAAAAAAAAAACAAAAAAACAAACCCAAACCAACAACUACAAACUUUUGAUUUUUGCCUAUAAUAAAGGAUGUACAAAGUGUUAAUAUUGAGUCUUCAUGUUGUGGAACUGGAGGAUAUGGCGAUGGAGCAUAACUGCUGGAACGCAGCACACAUUCCAAGGGUAAACGAGCUCAUUGUGUGGCAUUUUGUAUGUAUAUAUUAGUGGAAGUAAAUAUUUAAUAACUGUUGCAACAAACUUAAUUUCAUAUUGUUGUACUUAUUUAGAUUUCUUUUGUAGGGAUCUAGUAAGAUGUAUUUUGGAAAAUUGAAAAUAAUAUGUAAUUCCCAAAUAAACUGUUUUCCAAAAACA